AUGCGAUCCCAAGGAAGCCGACAAGAAGAUCGGUUCGUCUCUAUGACGGAAAACCUUAUAAGCGCUGACGAAGGCACAGUGUUUGAUAUCUUUAAAGAACGUUUUGAUGGCUAUGCCGCAGCUACAGAUGCACCCACCUCAGGUCUGGUAGAAGAGCUGAUCGAGCUCUAUCCUAAUGCCAAAGUCAUUUGCACAGUCCGCGACCCAGACGGCUGGGUGAAGAGCAUGUCGGGUGUAUCUAGGGCUUCGACUAUGUGGUUCCUACGGGGCGUCCUCUUCCCUCUUCCAGGAAUGCGCCACUUCGUGGACUACAUAGGAGUGCUGCGCAAACAGUGGGUGUAUCUGUACGGAGAGCGUGAUCCCCCGACAAGACAGACGUACGAUCGGCAUGUGGCGUGGCUGAAGGACAUUGUGCCAGAGGAGCGACUUCUGUUUUUCGACGUCAAAGAAGGAUGGGGCCCACUAUGUAAAGCACUUGAUAAGCCCGAACCCGAGGGUAUUCCGUUUCCCAGGAUCAAUGACGGCGAGGCCAUAGACAAGUUCGCUAAGAAGAUAGUCAAGCGCGGACUGUGGCGGUGGCUGUUGGUGUUUGUGACGCUCGGCCUCGCCCUUAUCUCGUUUGUCUACGUGUAG